AUGAAGGCCACUGCGAUUUCCACUGUUCAAACCGUUAUAAUGUGUGUUUCACAAGCAAUUGAGUGUUUUAUCAAUAACUAUUAUGCAAUCAGAUAUAUAAACUGUGCUGCGUGGGUUGUUCAACGCUGUGUUUCUAUACUACGUAGCUUGGUAUUCAUAAGCAGUUGUUCAUUCAUUAAGAUCCCAGGUCACGUAAAAGAAUGUGUUCAUGAACCAAUAAAUCGUAGCAUAAUAAAGAUAUUUCAGGGAAUGAAUAUUGCGUUUAUCUGUGAUGGAAAUAGGAGGUAUAUGAAGAAGCAUGGCUUUAAAGAUCCGUUUGAGAGAGAUGAUGGACUAAACAAGAUUUAUGAGUUCAUUCAAUUUGCCUACAUUUAUGGAAUUCGAGAAGUUUCUUUAUUUUGCUUUGCAAUCAAGAACUUCAGAAGAAAGAGUAGUGAGGUUGAUGGAAUCAUGAACAUCAUAACAAACAAGUUUAAAACGCCAGAGGAAAAAGAAAUAAGAAUUAAAGCAAAGAUAAGGAUUUAUGGAAGGCUGGAUCUUGUUAAGCAAGAUGUAAGAGAUAAACUUAUUCUCAUACAGAAUGAAACACAGCAUAACCAAGAUAUAAUUGUCAAUAUUUUCUUUGCAUACUCUGCAGAAGACGAAAUUAUUCAAGGAGUUAAAUUCAACAGCAAUGUUGAUAUUCUCAUUAGAACAGGAAAUGAAAAGAGACUCAGUGAUUUUAUGAUUCGUCAAGUUGCACAAGGUACUUCUGUUUUCUUUGCAAAGCCGUUAUGGCCAGAAAUGUCCACCAUUCAUCUAUUUCUCAUACUUCUGAAGCAUAAACUCGAAGAUAGAUAUUUAUCAUAA